AGAUCCCAAGCUUAUUCUAAACCUCAUCCUCGCUGGCAAGCUCUACCCAGGCAUCCGCAUUCUUUACUCCUCACGUGAGCAUGUCAUUCGAAAUUUUCAAGGAGAUGCUCGUCCCGAGAGAGUCAUCGCGUUGGCGGGGUUCUCUGAAGAAGACGUCAUAAAACUUGUCAAAGCUUUCAGUGGAGACAAGAGUGCCUAUGUCAUGAAUCGUCUGCAAAUGAAGCUAAGGCUAUCUUCUCCCUGUGCUCCAUACCAAUGUUCCUAAUUUUCACGGUAUCAGUCUUGAUAAUCUAUGAGCAAUAUAGUCCCGACACAAUGACAGAAGUUUUGUUGUUUGUCCUGCGGGACACCUUGAGAUCCGAACAUAUCACAAUGAACCAAAUGAAAACUGGGAUGUCUAUCUAUGACGUUGUUCACAGCUUGAAGGAAAUGUCAUUCAAGGGCACAAAAAACAAGAAAGUUACUUUCACCAAAUCAGAUUUACCCCCAGGAAUUACUGUGGAUCAUUUCAAAGAUAUCAUGGUACCAUUUCCUGGAUCAAUCGGGCUCAAUCAAAGGCUUCUGGAAGGACAUCUUGUUUAUUUAUUUACGCAUCAGACAAUCCAAGAGGCCCUCACUGCCCUUUACAUUGCUGAAAUGCCUUUCAAAGAAUUCAAAAAGUUUCUAUCAACCGAAAUCCAUGAAAAGCAUUGGGUCGUAGUUCGUAAAAUCUUAUGCGGCAUUAUACUCAACCCUAAAACAUCCAAAGUUGCAAUGGAAAAAGAGGCUGAUGUCAGCCUUUUGAAGCCUGAUAUUGAUCUGGAGAAGAAACGAUCGAUCUUGUUAUCAAGCAUGAAGAAGCAAAUCAGACCAGGCUGGUUCCAACGUGAGAUCAAAGGAAGAGAGGCAGUAAGGAGGGAAGAUCUUCUCGAGCUGAUGCACUCUCUCAAUGAGUCUGGAGAUGGCGUCGAUGAUAUCAUCAAAUCCUCCAUCCGUGAGAUUGAUUUCGGCAACAUGACUCUCACUCCAAAUGAUAAAUACACUCUGGCAUCUAUUCUUGCUCGAUGUUCACGUCUCGAUUCACUCAUUCUGUUUUUUGUUUCUCUCACAUCAUCUGAUCUUGCACUCCUUGCUUCAUCAAUGCAAAGAUCAAAUAUCAAGAAACUCUUCCACGUUGGAGCUGUUGCAAUCUGUGAUAUGUUACCUCACAUCAUCGAGGAGAUGGAUCUGAAUUACCAAGUACAACCUGAAGAUGUUGAGAUGAUUCAGAGGAAAUUGGAUUCAAUCCCAGCAACGGAACUGGUGGUGUGGAUCGAGGAGGUGUCCCCGGAGGACGAAUGGUUUAUGCUUACGGGGGAAAGUGUCACCUUGACACAGAAGAAAUAG